GUAGCCAGCGGAAUAUGGACCCCCUACCUAUCUGUGGGCCUCUGCUUGGGCACCCCGACGGUGUACAUCGCGCAAAUGAGGCGGGAAGCCAACUCCACCGAAGCAGUGUCUCCUGAAAUGUCAUCUUGGAUCUCAUCAGCCUUCGGCUACGCGUCGAUCCCUGGAGUGUUUCUCCUGGCAUACCUGACGACGCGAAUUGGCAGAAAAAGGACGUUCAACCUUGUCUCCAUCAACAUGCUCGUGGUAGCUACCAGCUACUAUCUUAGCAGCACUCCAAUGCACAUCAUAAUAACUGAGAUACUCCAAGGAAUACCGCAUGCUUGCAGCGUUUCCACCUCAAUAAUAGCUCUGGUCGAGUAUACUUCCCCUGAAAACAGGGGGUUGAUGCUGACCAUAAAAUCUGCCACGAUUUUCUGGGGUAUUUGGGCAGCUAACACUGUGGGUACACUCACAAAUUGGAGGUACAUCUGCGUUUUAAGUUAUAUGAAUGCGGCAUACGCGUUAUCUUCUUUCUUCUGGCCCGAAUCUCCGUUAUGGUUAGCAAGUAAAGGUAGGUUUGAAGAGUGUAAGGAAUCACAUAGAUGGUUGAAAGGGAGGGGGGACGCCGCUGAGAAAGAGCUGGAAAAAAUUAUCAGAACGCAAAUGGAAAACGUCAAAAAGCCUUGGAGUUUUAGAAAUAUGUUUCUGUUUUUGACUUUAAGAGAGUUUUACAAACCUAUCAUUCUUUCUUCAAUAAUGAUGGUCAUGUACCAUUUAUCAGGUAAACAUGUCUUUACGAUGUAUGCUAUAGAUAUUUUAAAGAAAAUCACUAAUAGCGAAACCGCCGCGUACAAUGGCAUGUUAAUUCUGGAUGGCGUUUCAGUAUUCUGCAUGUACAUAGGCUGUGUUCUUUCGAAAUUUUUGAGGAGACGCACUCUGCUUUUCGUGUUUGGACCUUUAGCAGCUUUAUUCUUGUUUUUAAUGUCAUUAUACUUAUAUUUAGUUAAGUUGUCUAUCGUCAACGAGAACAAAUACGUGUCGAUUAUGUUACUAAUAGGUUUUUCUACAGCUAUAGGGUUAGGGCCCAUCAUUUUAGCUACUUCUUUGUAUGGGGAGUUGAUACCAGCCAACUACAAAGGGCAAGCUGUGACAAUAAUAUCCUUAAUAUUUGUGUUAAUACAGUCCACUGUACUUAAAACGUCUCCGUAUGGUUUUGUAGCUAUAGGAACUCAUGGUAUGUUUAUGUUCUAUGGUAUUUCAGUUACUGUAUGUUUGUGUGUGUUGUACAAAUAUCUACCGGAGACAAAGGACAAGACCUUGCAGGAAAUCGAAGACCAUUUCAAGAGAAAGGAAUGAAUGUAGGUAGUUAACGUUUUGACUAGGUAAAUCUAUAUCUAUCUAAAUAAUAUAAAAGGAGAAACUGACUGACUGACUGACAUAUCAACGCACAGCCUAAACGGCUAAACGUAGGCACUUGAAAUUUGGGACGUAGCUUAGGUACCGUAGAGGUGCACUAAAAUUCCCACGGGAACGGGAAUUAGCGGGAAAAUCCUUUUGUAUGAAAAGUCUAAACCGCUUAAGUUAGACGCUUGAAAUUUGGCAUGCAGGUACCUACCUUAGUAAACUUAAAGCUCAGUUACAACAGGAUAUUGCAAAAUUCCCACGAGAACGGGAGUUAGCCGGAAAAAACAUUUGUAUGAAAAAAUCUAAGCCGCGUAAGAUAGAUGAAGGGGGUAAAACGGGAUCCACGCGCACGAAGUCGCGGGCGGCCGCUAGUACUUCUAUACUAAUAUAUUAUAAAUGCGAAAGUAACUCUGUAUGUCUGUCUGUCUUGGUUUCACGCCUAAACCACAGAACCGAUUUUGAUGAAAUUUGGCAUAGAGAUAGUUUGAGUCCCGAGAAAAGACAUAUUAUUAUGAUAGUUUUUAUCCCGGUUUUUUUAUCAGGGACGCGCGCGAUAAAGUUUUUCUGUAACAGAUUUCCACGCGGGCGAAGCCGCGGGCGGAAAGCUAGUACCUAUUUAAUAUGUCACCAAUUAUGAACUCCGUCAUAUUAUAAACUGACGUAGUUAGAUUACUUACUUACAAUCUAACAUUUAACCUAACCCUCUGUUAUUUAUAAUCUCACGCGUGAUAUUUUUAACUGACGGAGUUCGUAAUUUCACUUUUAAAAUUGCAAUUGUGUUGUACCUAAAUAAAAAAAAAAUCUCCUAAUGUAAAGAAUUUAUAGGUACUACCUACUUUAAAAGUUACCACAAUUUUAAAGGUGGUGGUUACUAAGGUUUGAAGACCAGUGAAUUUUGGUCCUAAGAUGACCCACUAAGUAAGUACGCGAUUUCUAACUACACUACUAACCCGUUCGCGCUAAGUUUGCCGGGUCGUGGAAUGCGCGUCCCCUCCCCCAACCGCGAUUAAACGCAAUUAAUGUGUCUUAUUUUAAGCAAAUACAAAAUUUUUGUCAAUAAUAAUAAAUAAAAAAUAUUUUAAAUAAGCAUAGUUUGAUAAAAUUAUAGACGCUUCCCUUCGAGUGACGUCAUAUCGCCAGCGGCAAACUUAAAGCGAACGGAUUAGUAUCUAUGUCGCAGUAAGAUAGAUAAAGCCGUAAUACAUUUAUAGUUAAAUACCGUAACAUAGUUAUACGAAAGCGAUUCAUCAUUAUCUAUCUCACUAGGAAUAUAGUUAUAGAACGGUCCAAGUUUAGUAGGUCGUAGUACCUAUACUACGACCUUGCACCUCGCUCACUACAAUACGUAAUUUAUUUAUUUACUUAGUAAGUAAAUAAAGUAAGCCUAAUUAAUUAGUAAUAAGACGGCCCAUUUAGAAUACUUAGUGCUAAUUAUAAUACCUGAUAUUAUGGUUGUUACUUGACUGUUACUCGUUAUAUCAGCGCCUUAAAGUAGGUUUUAAUGUAAUUACUGUUACUUAAUCAAUUUAAUUAUUAAUUACAUUAUUAGCUAACUAGCUUUUUUAAGUAAGUAGGCCUACUAACUUUUAAGUGAACUGUACUUACUCAGAAUCCUUUUAUUCUUAUUCUUACUUAAAACCUGG